CGAAAAUGUAUCUUAACAUUUCGACAUUUUGUAUAACGCUUUCCUUCCUUUUGGUUGUUGUGUUUUCCACGAAAACACAAAAAUCAGCUUUACUAACAAAACGACGAUUUAUCCCCAAAAAGACUGUAUGUGACCUCAACCAACUUUGUACGAAUUCCACCGCAUAUCCGAAGAUUGCUAUAAAAAGACUGCUCAAAAGAAACAAAAAACAAUUCGGUUACCUUGCAGGAUCUGUGAUUGCGCCCGCCUUUGAUUUUACCAGUGAUAUUCUACGAGCUCCAGAAAUUGAAGAAAAUAUGUGUAGGACCAAGAAAAUAUCCAUGACACCGAAAGUAGCUUUCGAUAUUAAGAAGAACAGGAAGUAUAUUGUAAAUGUCGAAGAUUUUCAGCAGAUCAUAACCUAUGAGACUUGCGUAGACCUUGGAGAAUCAUGCUUUGGAAAUAGUGCCAUUCCCAACGACUUCGAGACACUUUGUAAGCAAGCGUACACCGUUGUCAGAUUGCUAAGCGUAACACACACUGGUAAAUUAGAAUACAGCUAUUUCCCAGUUCCCAGCACUUGCGUUUGUUCGUACAGAAAACUUAAUGAUUAUGGUUAGGAUAAACAAUUUGAUUGUAUCGUUAACACCGUGUUCAAUUUGCUGUUCUCUUUAAUUCGAGAGAGCUGACAAGCUUGGUUUAGAACAAUACAUAUGUGUGAAUUUUUUAAGUGAUAAAAACCUUUUAUUUAUUUUAGUUAUAAGUUUGCGGUAUUAUUAAAAUAAAAAGUAACUGUAUA